AUGCGUCUGUCCCGAUCAGCAGGCCUUUUGGUCUUUGCGGCCUCGGCCAACGCGAUUGCUGAUUCUUCACCAUUUGUCCUUCUUUCGACAGGGAAAUUCACCCAAGUCCCCGACGCUUCUCAGUUACAAACAAGCACCCAAGUCCUGAACUCCGUGCAGCUCAUACUCGACUCUUGUCCCACUGAACGGUAUCACAUCGUAUCCCAGCCCAACCUGCGCGCCUCCGACAUCCGCGGUGCCGACGACUGCAAAACUCGCAAAUUGUGCAGUGCCGCCUCAAACGACCGCGUCCGAAACACUUAUAGCGUUGCCGAAGUGGUGGGAAAGAUUGAAGCCGACAAUCUUUCAAAAUACAUCCAAGCCGCUUGUUCGAACCAGGGCAGGGCUGCUGAAGUCCAAGAGACUGCCCUCCAUCCCCUCCCCUCAGACCACCUUGAGCGUGAGAAGCAACUUGCAAAAAAUGACCAAAUCCUCGAUCGGGCGCUGGACGAUCUUCUGUCGUCGGAUUCAUAUACCAUCAUCUACCUCUCCAGCCCAGCAGGGUCGUCGAAAUCCGACGUCGACUCCACGGGUUCCAUCAGUGCGGAACUGAAGAAGCUCCGAGCUCGAGCUUGGUCCGUUCGCAGACAAGAUAACAGCACAGACUGGAAUAAUCUCCCGCUUUUUGAGAAGUACCAGUUCUUAACCCCAGGAAUUUUUCACGGCAUUGUGGUCACUCUCGUGAUACUCUCGAUUCUGGGCGUCGGCCUGCGUGCGCUCAGUAGCCUAGAGGUCUCGUACGGAGCCUUCGACAAGGAGAUGGGACCUGCUGCUCAGAAGAAGCAAAACUGA